AGAUAAAGUAAGAUAAUAAUAAGCGAUAUCUUCAAACUUGAUCUUUCUCCCAUUACAUACUCAAAAUGGCUUUACAGUUAUGGCCGUCUGAAAUAAAUUAUUCCCAAGACAGCAUCAGCUGUCACUUUUCAAAUUAUAAACUUAUAGGUGAAACAUUGGACGAUUUAUGUGAAAGCAGGCUAUCUGUAUCUGACAUCGUUCCGAUAUCUGUAAAAAAGAUCAAUGGCCGAUGGGUUACUUGGGACAACCGAAGGUUGUGGGUGUUCCGCCAUCUUGAAAGGCUUGGUAAAUGUAAGAAAAUUCCAGUGAACAAUAUGGCUUAUAUCCCUGAAUCCCAUAUGACUUCUAAAUGUGGCGGACGCGAUGUGGAAGUAAGAGGAGAUCCUGGUGGUCGAUGGCAUAAACAAAGUUCGUUCUCAUUACUCGGUACACUGUGGACUGCCACAAAAAUUGUUGGAGUUGGGGCGAUAAUACUGUUGACACUUGGCAAACGAUAAGAAGGGACCAGCACCAAUGAACGUUAACCAAGGGACGCAUAAGCAGAGCAAUAUAUAUUCUUUAAAUGGACACAGAAAUUUACAUUUCGGUUUAAACAAUAUUAUUUCCGAAUCUAUUGGCAUGUUCAUUUUUACAUUCAGUCACACUAAGUUAUAAACUUGAAUAUAAAACCUUCCUGGAGGUAAUAUUGGUAGUUAUUUCCACCUUUUCUAUUUCUUCGCUUUGCACAUUGAUUUUCAUUAUAAACUUUUAAUGGAAUCUUGAAAAAUAUUGGCCGAGUACAAUGCUUAUGUUAUA